CUCACAUUCAGUCUGCCUGCGGCGUUCGUGCUAGACGUGUUCGGUCGCUGGUUUUUAAACUCUGCUCGAAUCUGCGUCUACGCUCCGUUAUCAUUAAUUAAAAAGAGCGAUGAACGCGGAGUAUGACAGCCGCUACGAUUUCCUACACGGUUUUCCUUUGUAAGACACAUACAAUGGAUUUAUACUAUGAAUGAAGUCGCGUAAAAACCAGACGAUAGGUAAAAAAAAAGUCGAAUAAACAGAAAGAAAUCUAAAAACUUAGAAACUAAGAAUUGUCGAAUGGAUGAAUCCACGAAAGGUGUCCAUCGGAACAGGUCGCGUUCGCCAGAAUUAAACGCGGACCGGAAACUACCGAUGUACUUAAAAGUGGCCGACUGCGAGUCGAGAGUGCCUAAACGGAAGCUGUCUGUGUUUUAUCGAUCGUUCGACGUGAUCGAGCAGAUCGGCCAAGAGAGCGAGAGGGAGACGCUCGACUUUCGGCGAACGUCCAGCAGCCCGUCGGUCCGGAUCGAACGGCCGCGGGAGAAUACGAGGAACGACGAGAUCCAUGAUCAACAAACGGACUUACACAAAAGAGGCCUCGUCAAUACUUACCGGACGUUGAUCGAGAGUGGGAAGUUCUUGAGCGGCUCGUCGCUGGAUUGUUUCAUCGAGGAAGUUCCUCGGAGCGACGAGAAUCCUGCUCCGAAAGCUACUUCGCAGUUGCCUCCAUCCGCCAGAUUGAAGCUGCCUCAGGUGAGAGAGGACACGGUCGUCGAUAAUUACGCAACAAUCACUGACACCUCGACUGGCAAAUAUUGUCUAUUGAAUAACAAUGGAUGUCGCCAGUAUAAAGCCAACGACGAAAGACUCGCGAACGAUUCGCUGCAAGUGAAUUCGUCGCCGGACUUGACCAACGUCAGCAGCCGAUCGUUCGCCGAUAAAACGACCGCGAACAGCGAAACGGUGGAUCGCGCCAUCCCCGAUGCGACGAUUAAUUUUCAUCGUGGAAAUUCACCGAACGACGCCGCACGCCCGACUCGUUCGCGAUACUCGUCGCCCGCAUGUCCCGAUCUGGUUAAGAUCAAAGAUACCGUGUAUCCCCGCUCGUUUGUGAACGCGUCGAGAGCAGCUCGUCUCGAGAAAUAUACAUCAGUCGACGGCGAAAUGUCGAGUCACGAGGAUAGCUCGAUUGGUUCCGACAGCGAGGACGAGUCGGCCGGACGGAGGCUCCGGCCGAGGAUAACCACGCGGGCCGAGGCGAGGAUCGUCAAAUCGAAGAGCAACAGUCCAUCCUCCUCGUUCUCUUCCUUCACCGGCGAACCCCAAAGGAAACCGGAUUCGGGGGACCAGCAAGAGAAAAUAAUGGAAUUUUGCUCAACCAGAGAGAAGCGACAAAGAAUUUUCAUCGCGAGGAGGUCGUUAUCCGAAGGCGAUUAUGAACGGCAGUGUCCCGUGAAACGACAUUGUACUUGCAUCAAAGAGGCGGUAUCGGUUAACGAACAGGAACAAUUUCCGCCGUUUCCCAGUUUCAACGAUACCAGGCUCGACGCUAUGGGUCUGUCGACUUCCGAAGAUAUAGACAAUGUGUACAGGGAAACAAUACCGGAAAGUGAACUCGAGCGCAAAUAUAUUGCGUUUUCAAUAGGACUCAGUGCGGACAGGAUCACCCUUAAACGGAGAAUGGCGUUGUACCUUCGUCAGCGCGAUCAAUCCGAACGAAAUUUUAUGUACGAGAUUCAAAAGGUGCAGGAGGGUAUCAAGGACUUGUGUUCGCUUUGUAUGGACCAAGAAUCGAUAGACAAAGUAGAAAAGGUACGUCACCGAUUAGACGUAAUAGCCAGGUCUGCCCACCGAAUUUCCUCAACCGCUGAAUCGCUCGGUGCGGUGUACCAAGAGCAUAGAAUGUCCAGGGCAAUCUUCCUGAGCGACAAAUAUUUGCAAAUAUUGCGCUCCAGGUGUGAAAAUCUUACGGCAGAAAUUGCGGAAACGAAGCAAAUAUUGUUAAGGAACAAUAUUGUGAUAGAAGAAAAUUCCGGAGAAAUUGGAGACGAUUUACCUAAAAUACGAUAUAGAAACGGACUACCCAGUAAUCGAACAAUGAUUGCUAGGAGAAGAGCGAGCAUCGCAACGAUUUCGCGACCUUUGACUUCGCAAGACUCGAUUAAGGAAGCUCCUAGGCAACGUAACUCUGUUUCCGGAAGAGUUACUCUCAGGAGGCCGUCGCUUUGCUCCGACACGCAGAGGUGGGAAAAUGAAAAAUUCAAUCGAACGGACAGCGCGAAUAGCGUCGUUGAAUUACGCGACAUCUUCGAGCACAUCGAGUCGCGGAGGAAUUCAAUCGAGGAAAAUAACAAUCUUCUAAGAAGCGAUCAAUGUAGCAAUCUUGUUAAUUAUGAGGCUACUAAUAAUAUGGAAGACAAAAAUCGUUUAAUUCCCAAAAAACAUAGUUUCCUGGAAUCAAAUGUGACUAAAGUCGUUGAGGAACAGUUAAUAUCAUGCAUACGUACAGCAGAGCCUUUUCGAAUAACACGGAACAUAGGAACAUGGAGGCCGAUAUUAUGGUUACUGUUCAUCUUCUUUCUUGGAUUUUACGCGAGACAAAUUACUUCAACAUUUAUUACGUAGUAUAUCGAAGGACUUCGACAACAGGAUUAAAAAAAUCAUCGUUUUCUCUGUUGCGAUGUGCAGUAUUAAAAAGAUUAGGCCCAGUGUUAUAAUGUUCACAGUGAAGAGUAAUAAUAAAAGACCUGAUUUUCAAGCA